CAUUACCCCUACUCACUUUAUUCUAUUGCAGACUGGAAGCUUUUGUUACUGUCGAGCAGACUUUCAAGGCAAAAUCCUCUACACUCCUUCAUUUCUUUGGGGUUUCCAGCUCCAUAUAAUUGCUAACAAUAUAAAUACAAAAACGCGAUUCAUUAGUGUUAUUCAAUUCUGCCGGGCCUUGACGCCGUGGCCACAUCGGCGGCAGCCCUGCUCGCCCCCUGACAUAUCCAGCGUCAGCCUUCCGAAAUUCAACACGCUUUACACUCAACGAAGUGGUGACUGAGGCGAACACAUAAGCAGCAUGGAGUUUGUCUCGCCAGAGGGGCUGCGGCUGGACGGCCGGCGGCCGCGUGAGCUGCGGCGAAUAAACUGCCAGCUAGACGUGCUGUCAAACGCGGAUGGCUCGGCCAUAUUCGAGAUGGGCAACACCAAGGUGCUGGCAGCCGUGUUUGGGCCGCACGCGGUGACCCGGCGCUCCGAGCUGCGGGAGGAGGGCGCGCUGGUGGUGUGCGAGUACUCCAUGGCGGCCUUCAGCACGGGCGAACGGCGGCGUCGCGGCAAGGGCGACCGGCGCUCUACUGAGCUGAGCAUGGUGAUCCGCAACACGCUGGAGCAGGCGGUCAUCACGGAGCUGCUGCCGCGCAGCCAGAUAGACGUGUACGUGCAGGUGCUCCAGGCGGACGGCGGCACUCGCUGCGCCGCCAUCAACGCGGCUGUGCUGGCGCUGGCGGCGGCGGGUGUGCCGCUGCGGGACCUGGUGGCGGGCUGUGCGGCGGGGUACCUGGACGGCACAGCGCUGCUGGACCUGAACUACACAGAGGACUCUGGCGGCGGCCCCGACCUGUGCGUGGCUCUGGCUCCGCGGCUGGACUCGCUAUACCUGGUGCAGAUGGACAACCGGCUGCCCGUGGACACAUUCCAGGCUGUCAUGGAGCUGGCUCGUGAGGGCUGCCGCACCAUCAGCGGCGUCAUGCGGGCGGCGCUGCUGGAGCACACACAGCGACUGGCGGUGGCGAGAGGCAUCACUGCAGCCGUGUAGCCGCGCGUGGGGGCGGCGUGUGGGCGGGGGCUUUGGGGGUGCUGGGGGAGUGUGGGCGGCUUUGGGGGGUUGUGAGCGGGCUCUGAGGGGGGGAAGUGCAGGUGGUGGGACACGCGAGGUGCGAGGAUCGCGAGAGCCUGAAGCAGAGGUGGCGUCCGCUGUGUUAAAGUGCGGAUGUGCGAGCGAGGGUUCCGGGGUGGUGGUGGUGGUGUGCGGUCACGGCUAGGCGACUGUGUGUGCAGCGGCUGCUCGCGGGGAUGGGGCCACAGCGCGACGCUGCAUGGCGGGGCGCCGGGGCGCGGUGCAGGGCUUGCCGCGCGAGGGGCUGAGGCAGGAGGCGCACUGUGUGUGGAGGGAGGCAUGUGGUGCUUACAGCAAGGAGAUCAGUGCGCGGAGGAUGAGUCAAGUCGCUUUCGGACAGGUUCCCUGGAAGGCUUCGACUUACAUGUUGUUCGAGAGGUGUUGCGUGCCGAUUGCGCGGCGUGACGGAUGUUCAUGUUGCGGGCGCACAAUGCUGGUAGCUUGAUUGGAUGCAGGUGGACACCAGUGCAUGCUCGCAGGGUAGUUCAUGGGCGAGAUGGUGCACUCCAGGAGCCGAAGACAGAACCGGGCGGGUCGGCGGGGGUGGCGGGCAGUAAGUAUUGCACCAACCGUGUAAGCCACGGGCACG